UCUUACACCACCACCACGCCCGCACGCACGCCCACCCUCCUCAUUCUGUGUGCCUCUCCUCCGUGUGCUUCCACGUCUCCCCGGCGUGUUGUGCGGGCGUGGACGGGCGGCGCAGGGGGCGUGUGGCCUGCUAAGCCUCCGUCGUGGCCGCUGGGGCUCGCUCUCCACCGGGCAAGUGGAUGAAGUGGAAGACGAAAUGGUGUAGGGGACGUGCGCUCUCGGCGGCCGCUCGCGAUGUGGAGAGGAGUGUGUGGCCGGGCCGAGUGCGCGGCAGUUGAAGUGAGGCCAUGUGGAGUGCAGGGGCGGCCGUGGCGCUGCUCCUGCCAUGUUGGCGCUGCCGCCUGCCAGUGGGUGUGUGUGUGUGUGCAGUGAUACAGUGAGCUUUCGAUGACCAGCGACCCUGGCCUCUGAACCACCGGUCCGAAAAGCCAUUUCCAAGGCGAGGAAUGCCUCCUGCUCGGCCUCCUUGUCCCCCCCCCUCCUCCUCCGCAGUCGCCGCCCUCGCCUUCGCCGCCGCCUUCAUCGUCCUCGCCUCCGCCGCCGCUGCCGCUGUGCCGAGAGCGGAAGGGCACUGCUCACUCCACCUCGAGGGCCACGAUGCUAGCUAGCAGCAGCAGCAUCAGCGUGUGGGCGUGGGCGUGUGGGCGGCGGGAUGGGUGUUGGCUCAUGCCCACCCGCGGCCCUGGAGUGUGUGCUCCUGCUACUGUAAUUUGCCUUGGCGAGCACGACCAGAGGACGGCGACGACGACCAUUGCGCUGACGACAGCGAUGACUAAGAGGGCGAGGACGACCCCGUCAGCCCGGCAGCCUUCCGAAACCAGCACACGGCUUGCCUGGUUGCUGAUGGUUGGCGCGGCCACCGAACCGUCGUCAACAGAGCCUGGUAAGUUGCAGAUGGAGGAGAGACGAUUAGGCUGGUAUGAGGUAAGAGAAAGAGAGGAAAUGUUAUUUUAUUGAGGGGGAGGGACUUGAAGAAGAAGGAAGAAGAAAGAAGAAG